GAGCGUGAGUUUCCGCGUCUGUUUGGUCAGACUCCUGUCGUCGGUUCAGAGCGGCAUAUUUCGCCGUUUCCCCGGGCUGCGGGAGCUGGCGGCCGGGCUGGGGCUGCUGGGCGGAGGUCGGCGCCUCCCGGGGGGCUAGGGCGAGGGAGGCAUGGCGGAGUUGGAGGCACAGCCUCCCCGUCCGGGGCAAGUCCGAGAGCGGGGAGGGCGUUUUCUGGGGUAACUCCACCUGGGGUCCUGUCGAAGUUGCCCCAUCUCCGCCGGACCGCACGGGAACGACGUGCCCACACUCGGAGGAAGGGGUUGGCGCUGAGCGAUUUUAAAGGGUUCCUUUUGAAAGCAGGAAGUUUGAAGUGACGUUGCAUCAGCAACAGAGCAUGCAGUUUCAGGUGCUCUCGGGACAGCUUUCAGUUUCUCAGAACGAGUCUAAUCCUCACCGCAGUAAUAACUUUUAUUAGAGGACAGAAAAUCCGCCAAAGUAAACCCGUUCUGCCCAAACCCUAGAAACCUUUGGAUAAACGUUGCAAUAAACGGAUCACAGCCUUAUUUGUUUUUCUAAACUGAGCAUAAACUCUUUUGAAGACUCAGCGUUACUGUCAAAAUGAAUGAUUGCCUUCCUAGUUAUAAUUCAGUUAUCGAGGUGUUUAGGUCUCUUUACAGUACACUCAGUGACUCCCAGGCUUUUCUUUUUUCCCUUUGAAAUUGCUUAUUAGAAGGCUUUAUCUAAUUUCUCACAGUUGUGUGUCUUUUUGAGGUGGUUCUAAUAAACUUUAAAGGCUUCUGGUUUGCUGCAGGCCUGCCAUCGCUGUGGAAAGCAAGUAUUCUUUCAAAGAAAAAUAGAAGUGCAUUGGUUUCUAAAUAAUCCCAGGACGCUAGGAUCAGCAUCACUUGGGAACUUCUUGGAAAUGCACAUUUUGGGGUCUUACCCCAAACUUACUGAAUCAGAAAUCUAUUUUAACAAGCCUUCCAGUUGAUACCAAUGCACCUGGACGCUAAAGUUUGAAAAUUAAUGGCAUAGUGAUAACACCCAUUGUGGAGUCACAUAUAGUGGAAUUUGUAUUGAAGUAAUUCCUAGAUGGAAAAACUUUGGACAUGUUACCUCACAGGGCUGGAAUAUGAAGAUGCAAGAAAAAUGUUUAACACAAAACACAUAGAAAACCCUCAAAGAUGUUAUUAAGUAACUUAUUAGAACUGCAUAAAAUAAGUACGUGGUUUGUGCUGGAAGAAUUCUUCAGCGGGGUAGAUAUGAGCUGUAGUGCAUGGAUAUUGGGACCACUGCUUAGAGGGUAUUUUGUUUACCUCGGGAUUCUCAAUUCUGUGUAGUCAAAGUUGUUGGAUGCAGGAUGUUCAGGUUCAGCCAUCUGUAUAUCUCCCCAGAUAACCUAAAACUGACCACCUGAGCACGUUUUCCCAUUGCUGAGCUGUUUCCCUGAUAUCUGGCCAUGCAACGGAGAUCAAGAGGGAUAAAUACUGGACUUAUUCUACUCCUUUCUCAAAUCUUCCAUGUUGGGAUCAACAAUAUUCCACCUGUCACCCUAGCAACUUUGGCCCUCAACAUCUGGUUCUUCUUGAACCCUCAGAAGCCACUGUAUAGCUCCUGCCUUAGCGUGGAGAAGUGUUACCAGCAAAGAGACUGGCAGCGUUUACUGCUCUCUCCCCUUCACCAUGCUGAUGAUUGGCAUUUGUAUUUCAAUAUGGCAUCCAUGCUGUGGAAAGGAAUAAAUCUAGAAAGAAGACUGGGAAGUAGAUGGUUUGCCUAUGUUAUCACCACAUUUUCUGUACUUACUGGAGUGGUAUACCUGCUCUUGCAAUUUGCUGUUGCCGAAUUUAUGGAUGAACCUGACUUCAAAAGGAGCUGUGCUGUAGGUUUCUCAGGAGUUUUGUUUGCUUUGAAAGUUCUUAACAACCAUUAUUGCCCUGGAGGCUUUGUCAACAUUUUGGGCUUUCCUGUACCGAACAGAUUUGCUUGUUGGGUCGAACUUGUGGCUAUUCAUUUAUUCUCACUGGGGACUUCCUUCGCUGGGCAUCUGGCUGGGAUUCUUGUUGGACUAAUGUACACUCAAGGGCCUCUGAAGAAAAUCAUGGAAGCAUGUGCAGGUUUAGGUGGUUUUUCCUCCAGUGUUGGUUACCCAGGACAGCAAUACUACUUUAAUAGUUCAGGCAGCUCUGGAUAUCAGGAUUAUUAUCCGCAUGGCAGGCCGGAUCACUAUGAAGAAGCACCCAGGAACUAUGACAUGUACACAGCAGGACUGAGUGAAGAAGAACAGCUCGAGAGAGCAUUACAAGCCAGCCUCUGGGACCGAGGACAUACCAGAAACAGCCCACCACCCUACGGGUUUCAUCUCUCACCAGAAGAAGAAAUGAGGAGACAGCGGCUUCACAGAUUCGAUAGCCAGUGAGGUGGCGUCUUGGGAAGACAUGGCCUAUUCGUGUAAUUAUUGCCCAUUUGGCUCAUUCCCCAAGCCCCUAAUUCAUUUUAAUUCAUUUUAAACAAAAGCAGAGUACACCGGUAUUGCUCCAGAUCGCUCACAUCGCCUGGGACGGUCCCAUGGCCCCUAUGAGUCAACUCGCAGCUUGCAGAGAGUGGGCCUUCUCCUGGCCUUGUUCUUGCUCAUAAACAGGUCACUUCCUCCAGGAAGGGACCAGUUUCCACUCUCCUUUCUCUCACUGCUGACUCAGCGACGCCUCUGCCUCGGUCUGCUUUUGAAGACUGUGACCUUCACCAGGAGGUUUUACUUACACCAGUCGGGAAGAUUAGUCCCUCAUUCUGCCUGGAGUGCCCCGUGUUUGACUUGGCAGUGGGUGUGGAGCCAUCCCCGCGUCCUCCUGGCGCAUUGCCACUGCGGCUGUCCAGGAACAGGAUGUGGCUGCCUUGGCCGAAUGUUGUCCUACUCUCCCCAACCCCGGCGCCUCGGCUCCUCAGCUCCUCAGCUCCUCAGGCCCCUGUGUCUGGCUGGUGUUUGCAGGGCUUUCGCUCUGCUCUGGUAUUGCUCUGCCUUUAUAGAAAGUCUUAUUGAAGAAGUGUAAGAAAGACCUAAGGUGGGGAAGACUCCUACACACACCAUUAGUAUCAGUGACACCAGCAAUGUGGGUUCCCAGCCCCUUCCCAGUGGCAGCUUGUGUGCCCAGGAGAUAGGACGUCAUUUAACGCAUUAGCAAAGUAGCAGCAGAUGCCACAGAGUAGAGCGAAGGCAUUUGGUGGAUCGGUCACUAGAGAUCUAUCUUGCAGAAAGUAUGUUUUUCCUCAUAAAAGUGCCUCUUAAUUGGCCAUUGUACCAGCCACUUGUCGUAGCCAAAUGUCCAAAACACGCCCUUGGGCCCCGCCACGUUACAAUCCACAGAUUGUCUGUCUGAGUCGUUUAAGGCAUUUCCUGGUGCUUGUGUUCCAUGAGUAAAAGGACAAAGUCAGAAGAUCACUGAUGUCUUACUGUCAACAGAGAUAUUUUAAAAGAGAGAAGCAGGAAAAGAUCUUCCUUUUUUGAUCUACAAUUUAUAUAGUUUUCUGAUUAUGCACAUAAUAGAUAUGCCUUCCAGAUGCAUAAGGCAAACAUCUGGAAAGAAAUAUACCCAAAUGUUAGCAGGUUUUAUCUUUGGGAGUGGAGUACAUGGGAUUUUGCUUUCUUCAUUUUUAUAAUUUUAUAUUACUGUCUUGGAAGAUGUGUUUAUGUGUGUGUGUUACUUUUACAGUCAGGAAAACAUAUAUAAUAAGAAAUAUAUAGUCAAGAAAACAGACUUAAAAAUGAAUACUGUGUGUCCAUGGAGAAAAUUCACAAUAUAAACAAAUACAAAUAAAUACAUACACAAUUUUAAAGUCACCUGUAGCCCUACCCUUAGAGGUACCCAGGGUUCACAUUUUGGUGGUAUUGUCUUCUCAAUUUUUCUUUUGAUACAUUCAGCAAAUUUGGAGCAUAUUGACUAUGGAGUUUUGUAUCCAAAUCCAAUUUGAUUUUACCUGGAAGAGGCCUUGACACCUGCAUGGAAAUGAGCUAAGAAAACCACUGGAGCCUUGGGAGCUCUUUGGCCUCCUGGCUGGCCCAGUAAUAUCUGAGCUCCUUUGGUUAAUUUAUAACUGAUGUAAAACUACAUCUUCUUUAUAAUAUAAAUUGUACCUGUGAGUCUAGAAGCUUUAAAUGUGUUUAAAUUAAAAUAUUCAAGCUAAAUGUUACUGCUCUCUCCCAAAUUCUGUAAGUUUGACUCCCAUUACCCCAAUUAGAAGUAACUUCUUUCUUUCAUGCCACUUUUAUAGCAUUUGGUAAUUCUGCUAUAACACUUAUAUCUUGCCCCUAUUAUUAACUGUGCACAGCUACACAAAGGUGUGCCUUCUACGUGGGAGCAUGGAUUGUGAAUGAGUCUGUAAUGAGGCCUGAGUCUUAGUUAUCUUUCCACUCACUCCUCAUCUCCCCUUUCCAACCCCAAAGCUCACGAUAGGGGCUCAUUAAAUGUCAGUGUUUCACCAAAGCAUUUUUUCCAUUGUAUUAAGAGUCCAGUCACUGUAUAUGGAAGCACUUUAUUUUUUUUUUAUAUAUAUCACUUGAGUCCACUAGUAGUACUUCCUUGCUCUGUUUGACUUGUCAGAUACAAAGACACAGGAUUAGAUUUUGGGUGGUAAAAUUGUGAUACGCAUGGCUGUUUAUGAAGUGGAACAUCUUAGUGAUGUGAGAAAGGUCAUUUUAGUUAUAAAUGUAAACCAAUUACUUUAGCACAACAAUAAAGAUGUUCUGGAAAUUAUUAUAAUUAUUUUAGUUAACAGACUUGCCUGUAACAACUGCUUAUUGUUUGGAAUGUCCACUUUAUUUUAUUUUCCUCUACAAUAAGGAAUCCCUAAAGUUAUGCCAACAAACUGGAAUUGGAUUGAGAAAGACAAAAGCAAGUGAGCCAAGUGUAUUAGACUAAUUAUCUCUAGUAGGGAAUAAGCACUUAGAGCUAAUUUUUUAAUUUGGUUUAUUUACUAGUAGCUCCCUGAUUGUCUGUUAAGCCCCUGGUUCCCACAGUUUGGUGUGGUCAGUCAACUUAAGAGACCUCUUAAUGCAGAAUCUUUACUUGGUUCUGAAGAGGAGGCAGUCGUUAAAAUUGCUUCCUCUUAAUGACUCUGAAUGUAUUGCCUGUGAUUCCAAAGUUGUACAUAAUUGUUCAGACCUCCUCCAUCCUUUUAAAUUGCCUGCUGCAGUAAAUAACUAGUCUGAGUAGAACUAGAGCCUGUCUACCUAUUUGGCACAUGUUCUGCUGCCUGGGGAGUAAGCAAGCUAAAGGGAUGAGAAAGACCACCUCCCCCUACCCUGGAAAUUGCACUGCAAGGCAGGGUGAGAAUGGGGUAGCUGGCAGACCUGGCCUCCUUGUUCCCAGUCUUAGUUUUUCUUGAGAGAUUCAGUAUUCAGUAAAGAACAGUAUUCAAUUAGUCAAAAAAUAUAUAUAUUACUUCUUCCUUUCCCUUCCCAUGAAUCAUUGCAGUCAUUCCCUAAGUUUCUUCUCUUUUUUUUUUUUUCAUGGCUGCUAGUAUUUUAUUUUAGACUCACAGACUCUCAGCUUAGAGAGUCUCAAUAUCUCAAUUAUUUGCUCUGUUCAAUACCUACAAUACCUCCUCUCUCAAUUCUACAUAACUCCAGCUUAAUCUUCCAAAAUUCACUUUCAUGAUGCCACUCAGCAUCUCAAAUACCUUUCAUUGGCUCUCUGCUGCCAAAGGAUAAAGGUCAAAGUCAUUAGCCUCAACAGUGGGCUCCAACCAGCCUUUGGACCUCAGCCCCAUUUAUCCAUCACAGAGGCUGGUAACUAGUCUCACUGCUCAGGCUGUGAGUGUUCCUGAUCUUGUGACAUUCUGUGCUGUGCUUUUACAUGGAACAGCUCUUUCCUCUCUCUUGGCCCAUUCAGAUCCUCCUCAUCCAGCCCCCAUCUGAAUCCUGUAACAGACACAACCACAUCUACACAGUUUCCACAUACCACUUGGAAUUGCUGGUUAUGCUGCAAUGAGAGAAUGUCUUUGUCUUUAAAUUGUAAGCUUCAUGAGGGCAGGGACCAUCUGUUUCUCUGUCUCUCCUCACAGUGCCUUGAGCAGUGCGUUGUCUGGAAUGUCAGAACCAAUAAAUACUUGUGGAUUGAAACAAAAA